AUGAAAGGAGCAACUGUAGCAAUGUUGGCAAUGAUAGCCAUGGCUCUACUCAUGGUGCACCACACUGAAGCCAUUAGUUGCGGUGACCUUGCUAACAUGAUCAGCCCAUGUUUAGGGUACCUGCAAUCAGGAGGUUCACCAACGAAGCAAUGUUGUGAUGGCGCCAGGAAGGUUCAGGGUGCCACUCACAGCCAAGCUGACAGGCGAACAGCUUGCAAUUGUGCCAAAAGCGCCGCCGGACAGUUCAAAGUUAGACAGGAUACCGCCUCUAAUCUGCCGGGUAAGUGUGGUAUCUCCACCUCCAUUCCCAUCAACCCAAACGUCGACUGUAACAGCAUUCCUUGA